AAUUUUGAGGAAAGUUGCAAACGAUCGAAAGAAACGUGAUGGCAGCAUCAGAAUUCUUGUUAAAACUCCUGCAAAUUUCUACUUUUUGCGGCCUGACUGAGUCGUAGUUCGCUGUUCAUCGUCCAAAGUCGCCGUUUAAGCGAUGCAGUCCCAAUCUCAACAGUGUCACCAGCGAAAUGUUUCUGGAUUUUCGUUUUCUUUAUUCUAAUUAUCCAUCAGAAUCUUAAAAAUUUGCGCAUAAAGCUUUGUUCCGUGACAAAGGGGGAGAGGAAUUCGAUUCCUUUGUCGAACCGAGCUUUCGAGGAAUGUAGCAUAUAUAUUUUGUCUGCUGUAGUGUUUUUUGAGGUGGUGCCAAUUUGUUUCUUCUCUGCCUUCAUGGAUUCUAAUGUACGAGCUCGUUUCACACUCGGCAAACAGUCGUCGCUCCAGCCGGAACGGCAAGGCUCGACAGCGGUUGCCGAGGAGUUGGAUGAUUCGAUCGCGAUUGAUCCUGGGAUUAAGCUGAUGUACCUGUCGAAUGAUGGCGACUCGGAUGGGAUUAGAGAGCUGCUGGAUUCGGGUGCCGACGUGAAUUUUCGCGACAUUGACGGCCGAACCUCUUUGCAUGUUGCUGCUUGUCAGGGCAGGCCAGGGAUUGUUGAGAUACUACUCGAAAGAGGAGCGGAGGUCGACGUUCAGGACCGAUGGGGCAGCACGCCUCUUGCAGAUGCCAUAUAUUACAAGAAUCAGGAAGUGAUCAAGCUCUUAGAGAAACAUGGUGCUAGGCUACCGAUGGCUCCAAUGCUUGUGCAAAAUGCUCUUGAAGUCCCGGAAUAUGAGAUCAAUCCAAAUGAGCUUGAUUUUUCUAAGAGUGUGAACAUUACAAAAGGAACUUUCUGCAUUGCAUCAUGGCGGGGAAUUGAAGUUGCUGUGAAAACACUAGGAGAGGAAGUUUUCACUGAUGAGGAUAAAGUGAAGGCAUUCAGGGAUGAACUUGCUUUACUUCAAAAGAUACGGCAUCCUAACGUUGUCCAAUUUUUGGGAGCUGUAACACAAAGUAGUCCAAUGAUGAUUGUCAUGGAGUAUUUGCCACAGGGAGACCUUCAUGCAUACUUGAAACGGAAAGGUUCCUUGAAGCUAGCAACAGUUGUUAAGUUUGCUCUUGACAUUGCUAGGGGAAUGAAUUAUUUACAUGAGCAUAAACCUGAAGCAAUAAUUCAUCGCGAUCUUGAACCUUCAAACAUACUGCGGGAUGAUUCUAUGCACCUGAAAGUUGCAGACUUUGGAGUUAGCAAACUUCUGAAAUUGUCAAAUAGGGUCAAAGAAGACAGACCUGUGGCUGUGGCAUGUCACGAUACUUCAUGGCGAUAUGUGGCGCCUGAGGUUUAUAAAGAUGAAGAAUACGAUACGAAAGUGGAUGUAUUUUCAUUUGCCUUGAUCUUGCAAGAGAUGAUAGAAGGCAAUCCACCUUUUCCAACAAAGCCAGAAAACGAAGUACCUAAAGCUUAUAUAGCUGGUGAACGCCCACCAUUUAUGGCUCCAACUAAGCGUUAUGCAGAUGGAGUGAAGGAGCUAAUCGAGGAAUGUUGGGAAGAGAAGCCACAUAAAAGACCCACGUUUCGGCAAAUAAUAAGAAGGUUGGAGGAUAUCAACAAUGAACUUAUGCACACAAGGAGCUUGAAGAUGAAUCAUUUCUGCAAUUGCUUCGGGAACCUGACAGCCUUGUUUAAAAGGGAAAGGACUAGUCCAGGCAGCAGAUCUUUCUCGAAAAGCAAAUGAGCCAAGAGGCAUUGUCCCUACGCGAAGUUCAGGGGCCCCUAGUUUCACAUGAAGCUUAGCAAUUAUGGGGGAAAGUGAUCUUAUUGUUGCUGCUAUCAGUUGGGAGACCAUCCAAAUGGGCGUAUUUCAGUAUUGAUAUAUCUACGUCACAAUAAAUGUUGAUGAUGACGACAAGUUCCUAUUAUAUAUCUUUGGACACAAUUUUAGACUUAUUACUUGUUAAUUCUUAAUAGAACUUGGUUAAUUAGUACUUGUUUCUGUUGUUUCAAAUUAAAGGGGCUUUAGUAUUUGGUAA